AUGGAACGGGACAGAUUGGCUGACAAGCUGCCCAUGGCAUACACCGGUGACAAGACAAGGGACAAAAAGCCCCCCUCUCGCAGCAAGGCUCGUAUAAAGGACUUGGAGUCUCUCGUCACGUCGUUGAGAGAGCAGCGUCGAGAAAUGAUGGAAGACAUAGAACUGUCUCUCUCCCUCUCCCCUCCCCCCAGCUCUACCGCCUCUUCGCUCAUUCCCGUAUCUAACCACACCUCUGAAUCCCACCACUAUAGGUACAAACUCGAUGUCGCCGGUUUCAAGAAGGACAUUGCCCGCCGUGAUUCCCUUUUAGCGGAACGAGCACACGCGCUAAAGUCGUUCCCGGAGGAGAUUGAAGCGCUACGGGCUUCGCACUCACGACUGCUGGUAGAUGUUAGCCGUUGCAGGACGGAGGCUAAUGGUAUUGUUGCCGAGAGGGAUAGGGAGAUACAGAGGUUGGAGAAGGUGGUUGGGGGACUGAAACAUAGUAUCUCCACAAACACGAGGAUUGAGGAGGCUGUCGGCGAUGAGGUGUUCCGGGAGAUGUGGAGUCGGAUUGGGUGGGAGGCUAUGAAUUGGUGUUUGGCGAAUGGGGCGGCUAAGGGGGGAGUCAUUAGUUUGUCCUCCCUUGGGUAUAUGUGUUGGGGAAGGGGGGUGAGGGUGGCUGACAAGGGUAGAUGUCGAAAGCUUGAGGGACGACGUCAAAGAAGAACUACGGGCCGGCAUUCCAGAGUACGAAAAGUUGAUACUCGGUGGCCAUAGAGUUCAUGUUGUGCAGGCACUUCUGGCUAGGCUACUAAUCCGGGAGAUAUUCUCAGAUUGGUGCUUUGGCAUAACUAAGGAACAAAGCUCCGUACUUUUCGCUCUAGAAAAGGAAUUCGUUAGAGACUGUACUCCCUCCCCCCCCCCCUUCCCAUUCACCAUUACUAACUAUUAACAGCCCCCCAACCGGCAAUAAACACCUGGCGUUCCAGUACUUCAAUCCUCCUCCGCACUUCCCUUCUAACACCCCCCACGACAACCCUCACCAGCAGAAUAACCUCCAUAACGUCCACCAUAUUCUCCGCCAUAACCCCCUUCUUCCCCGCCCCCCCGCCCCAAACCUCAAAGACCCUUCCAGGAAUAGUAGAACAAAUGAUUCGCUUAUCACUACACAUGCAAACCCAGCGAGCGCAGUUCCACAUUUUCCCCCCAUUAUCGCCGCCCCCCGCUGCCGCUGCGCAAGAUCAGGACGGUGAGGGCGAGCUGGGCGUGGAGGGAGAGAUGAUCUGGAACAACGAGGACAUGGAGGAACUUAGCGGCGAGGACGAGACGGAGUUGGAAGGCGCGAAGGUACUCGUGGUGGCCUGGCCGGGAAUAGAGAAAUGGGGGGAUGAAAUGGGCGAGUCCUGUCAUAUCAGGAAUUGUGUGGUUAGGGCUAGGGUCGUUUGCGAUGCGGAUUAG